CUGUAUUUUUUCUUUAUCAAAUUUAAAAAAAAAAUGCCUUUGGUGAAACAAGUUUUGAAGUCUUGUCGUUUAUUAAUUGCAAUUCCAGUCACACGAUUUGCGACAAGAAGCAGAAGAAACUCAACGAAAGUUUGUCAUGGUAUAUUUAAGCACUUUGAUGCUAAAGUUACCUCAUUACUACAAGAGGGAAGAUAUUUACAGCAAAAUAAAGAUGGACUUUUUGAACCCGAUAUAAUGUUGUGUGAAUUGAUUCAAAAUCUUAAAUCAGAAUGGUGGAGAAACUUUGCACUGGUUAAAACAAAUUGUUAUGACUUUAAAGUGGGCCAAAUAUAUAGCAAUACAUUUGAUGUGAUGGAUCAGUUCGUUCCAAGCAAUGGUUUCUCAGUAAGUCCAGAAAAGCCAACAAUUGUCUUGAAUAUGAUGUCACAUUUACCUUUAAAUGAUGUUAGCCAAAGAUGUAUUUAUGAUGGUUUAUUCCUUAUGAGAAUCACUGAAAUGAAGAAUAUUUCAUUAGAGUUUGACAAUAUGCAAUCAAGUCAAUCUCAGUGGGCAAAAAAGUAUUUUCAUCGGAUCGCACAACUACAAGCAAAUGCUGCCAACAACAAGUCAGAUAUUAAUCCUUCACGAAGUUCUAAUAUAUUUAAACCUCAAUCUGGAAUUGAAUUAUCUGUGCAGGAAUAUUCAAGUCACAAGAAUUUACCCGUUGCCCUUAAUAGAGUUGUUUGUCAAAGUAAAGAUUGGAAAGACAGCCAAGUUUCUGUGGUUUGUACCAAAGUAAAUUUGUUGGAAUUGGCAGCAGCAAUAUUAUUGGAUUCUUAUCAUGAAAUUAUAAUUGAUGAUUAUAAACAGAUCAUGUUACGACUACAUCGACACAUAGCACCUGUAAAGAUUGCUAUUCUAAUUGAAGGGAAUGAAACAUCAUCUUUGUCCCAAUUAUCUGAAGAGUUAUGUGAUUGGGUUCGUGAAAUCAACGUCAGCUGCUUGAAUGAAAACCUUGAUAUUAAUGCAUUAAAUCAGUUUGGAGUGCCAUGCGCCAUUGUUAUAAAUGAUGAAACAUUGGAGAAUGGUCUUUUAUCAAUCCGUGACCGAGAUACCGGAAUUAAGAUACAAGCGCAUAUCUCAGAAGUGAAAGAAAAGAUGUUCCUUUAUUUUAAUCCAAGAUGACAGAUUUGUGUUCAGAUUCAACUAUUGUCAUUUCAUAUCCUCUCACUGUGUUGUUCACUUUUUACAUUAUAGUGGGGUGUGGAGAAAGAUGGGACACCUUUUAUUUUCUCGUACCAUUUUGUAGCAAACAAAGAACAUUCAAAAAAAAUUAAAACUGAUUCCUCACGACUCCCAUAGACCGUUGUUAAUUCCUUAAAACACGAUUAGGGUGUUUGGAUGUUAUGUGCUAAAGGUGUCCCAUCUUACCCCACCAUGCUAUAUAUAUAUUUCUUUUCAUUUUUUUUCUAAAAAAAAUAUAGAAAUACAUUUUAAUCCUGGCAGUCUGGUUUAUCUUUGCCUGAGACAAAGCGUUCUUUUAUUAAAUUUACAAAAGCAACAUUUAUCAGGGCAAAUUUUUCGCUGCAAAAAUUCUUAAUGUUACUUUUCAAACUUUCAGAAAAUUUUGUUUUCAUAUACGUAUGUUAAAACAGUUGAUUUUUAGCUAUGUAAAAUUACAAAUUGGAAUAAUUUCAA